UAUAACCUACUAAGGUGUUUUGACCAACAAAUUUUUUGAUGAAGAAAAAAAAGAAGAACCUUGCGAAGGCAAAACCACCACCACCACCACUCCCUGUUGCAGAUGUGGAGUCGCCGCCGCCGCCACCACCACCGAUUCAUGUUCCAAUUCCUGAUGAUGUCCUUAGAGAGAUUCUGUUAUUGCUUCCGGUAAAAUCCCUCGUACGGUUCACUUGCAUAUGCAAGUCAUGGAAGCUCAUCAUCUUUGAUCUCCAGUUCGUGAAACUUCACCUUAGUCGAUCUUCGGCUAACAACAGUGCAUAUUUCGCGCACAUCCAAUUACUGUCCGUGAUCAGCAAUAUCCCCCCCAGUUCCUUCAAUUCACAUGCCUCGCUUUCCUCAGUUCCUUUGUUAUUCUCACCUCAAUACCCAAAGGGUCAUUUCUACCAACCAAUACCGAACGGUUUAUGUUUAAUUGGAGUAUGCAACGGCUUGGUCUGUUUCGCAAAACAGAAAAACAAUGACUAUUCGGUAUGUUUGUGGAACCCAGCUACCAGGUUAUGGUCUAAAAUGUCACCACCAUUGUCACGUCAAUACUUGUCAUAUACAACUUUUGGGUUUGGAUAUGAUGGUGUGAAUAACACUUAUAAGGUGGUGGCGGUUUUUUACUAUAACCGUAGCGAGGACAUUUACAACGAGGACUGGCGAAGUGUGGUAAAAAUUUACGACAUGGGUGGUAGUUGUUGGAGAAAUAUUCAAUCUUUCCCUUAUUGGCAACGUGCGUCAGAUUAUAAUAUGGGAGUUUAUAACUUCAACCGUAGAAGGUUUGUGAUUUGGCAAAUGAAAGAGUUUGGAGCUCACGAGUCCUGGAUUAAGCUAUUCAACUUUCGUUUUGAAGAAGAUCUGAAGCCGAUGUCUCCUUCAAGUUUCGUCUUGUCUGAAAAUGAGGAGGUCUUGUUGAUGUCAAGGGAUCAACUAGUUCUAUAUAACCAAAGAGAUAGUACAUUCAAUGUACGUGAAGUUGGUAACUAUAGGGAUCAACUUGCCCUUACUUAUCGGAAGGUUCAAAAUUAUGUUGAAAGUUUAGUUUCACCCCAAAUAUAGCAAAAUUAUGUAGUUCUUAGUUUGAUAGUGGUUUUUCUCAAAAUCAUCUGCUGCAGCAUCACUGGUGCAGAUUGGUAGAUCGUUCUUUUUUUCAAGUGUUUUUAUGAUUUUUUUGUCUAUGAUUGAAAAUACAUGCAUUAUUCCUAUGUUUAAGUUUUAACUGUUUAUUGAUAAACAACCCCUCCCCCAUCUUUAGACAUUAGGCACUCCUCCAUUGAGUUUUAACUGGUUCUUAGAAUGCAUUUCAUUAGUUGAGGAUAUUUAUUUGGCAAAAAAGGGAUUUAAGACUGAGAAUUGUGAAAGUAGUUAAUUUACAAUUGGAAAUAGUUCCGCUUUCAGAGCAUGUUAUCUGUGUCUACAUUGUGUAUUUCAAGUGUAUUUGUUUUGCCAGGAUAUAUAGUAUUGAUUCAGGCUGCUAGGGGCAUUUAUUGUCAACUGUUUAUAAUCAUCUCUUUACAAGUCUUAUAAUCUCAGCCUGUUGGAAAGCAAUACUCUGUAAUUUAACUAAUUUGUGAUGGUCUGGCUAAUCUUUAUUUAUUAGGACUGUU